UAACAAUCUCCCUUUAGGUAGUAAUGUUUUUGCUACGUUUUCUCUGAAAUUUGCAGAUUAAUUCAGAAAGAAAGGAUAUAGGAAAAAAAAGCUGGAAAAACAAUGUUCAGGUUGCACAAAACAAGGCCAACUAAUAAAUCAGGGGAAAAGAUUGAUUUUAAAUUCUCCAAUUUCAAAGCUGUUCAGGUACCAAAAGGAUGGGACAGGUUGUUUAUGUCUAUUGUCUCUGUGGAGAAUGGGAAAAUCAUUGCUAAGACAGGCAAAGCAGUAGCUCGAAAUGGAACUUCUCAAUGGACAGAGACACUGUCAGAAUCUAUUUGGGUUUCAGGAAAACAGGCUCCCGAUGAGAUUGGAGAUUGUCUUUUCAAGUUUGUUGUUGCAAUGGGAUCAGCCAGAUCUGGUAUUCUUGGAGAGGCUACAGUGAACAUGACUGGCUAUAUAAAUUCAACCGUCAUUGUUCCAGUUUCAUUGCCAUUGAAAAAAUGUAGCCAUGGGACAAUUUUGCAAGUAAAAAUUCAUUGUUUGACACCAAGACCACAACCAAUGGAAGAUGAAUCAAAGCAGACAAAUUCCCAUGAAGACGGUAAUAACACUGACCCUCCUGAUCUGAGCCUUAAUUCGGAUGGGACAAAGAGUGUAACAGCAAAGAGUGUCGGAUCGUCCCCUAGUCAAGAUUUGGUCUCUGCCCCACACCAAGGAGAACUUGAGAGUAGGGAAGCAAGUUUCUCGACUUCAGAUUCACAAUCACUUCACAGCUAUGAUUCAGCAGAGAGUUCCAUAGGGAGGGAAAGUUUCUCUCCAGUAAGCAAUUUGAAUGGUGAUGCACAGAACCAGAUACAAAAACAAGAUUCACCCACUUUUCAAUACAGUUUACCUGAUGGGAAUUGUAAUCUUGAUGAUCCUUCUCAAUCAAAUCAUUCAUCAUUUGAUUCACAAAUUAUGGAUUCACAAAGCACUUUUUCGGAUAAUCAGAAGGAGUUUUCUGCAUCAACUCUGAGAGUCACAGAUUCUUCUAAGAAUCUUCUUGAAGCAGCAGAAAAAACGAUUGAAGAACUUCCUGCAGAAGCAAAGAUGUGGAAGAGGAAUGCCGAGAAGUUAAUGCUUGACUUAGACAUACUGAGGAAAGAAUACUCUGACCAGUCCAAAAAUCAAGCAAAUUUGGAUAUGGAACUAUCAGCAGCAAAUUCAGAAUGUGAUGGACUAAGGAAAGAAGUUGAACAGCUGAAAUUGUUGUUGGAGAAGUCAAUGGUGAAACAAACAACCUUGGAAGAUUCAACAUUUCAGGAUGAAGGAGUAACCCACAAUCAUCAGGAGUUGGGAAAUGAAAUUAAGUUCCAAAAAGAGUCCAAUGCUAACCUGGCUUUGCAGUUGAAGAGGAGUCAAGAUGCAAAUGCUGAGCUUGUUUCAGUUCUUCAGGAGCUGGAAGGGACCGUAGAAAAGCAAAGAGUUGAAAUGGAGAAUAUUUCAUCCCUGCAGUCACAAUUCAGAGGACUGGAAAACUCUAUCCAGCUAAACACAGAGGAAAAUAGGAACUUGGUUAUCCAGCUGCGGCAAUCAAAAGAAUCAGAGAAGAAUUUGCAGGCCAAGGUUCAACUUCUUGAAAAGGCCUUGAAGGACAAAGAAGAUGAGAUGGAGUCUGAAAAAAGUGCUUGCCUUUUGGAUAUCGAGGAAGAAUACAAAAAUAAUUUAGCAGCCAAAGAAAGAGAAAUUGUCGGUUUGAAAGUAAAGCUAUCCGAGUCUCUCAAAGAAAGACAUUUUGUGAAACUGGAGUCCAGAAAGGGUGGUGAUGCAAAUCUGAUCAGAGAAAUUGAAGCCUUGAAAGCAAAACUAGAAGAGUUAGAAAGUGAUUGCAAUGAGCUGACUGAUGAAAACCUUGAAUUACUACUGAAGCUAAAGGAAACGAAGAACAAUUUCAAAGGAGUUACAACCCCUGAUUUUUCAUCAGAUGAGCUUUCAGCUAGUACCGGGUUCAAAAUGAGUGAAGACAAGUCACAAAUGCUUUUUCUUGAAGAGAAGCUUAAAAAGAAAAUUCUCAGGGAGAUUCAAAGUGACUAUAAUAGUUACAUUCAGGAACUUGAAAGUCAGAAAAUGGAUUUGGAAUCCGAAGUAACUGAAGUAGGAAAGGAGUUAACUCAAAAAAGGACUGAAAUACAAACACUGGAGGCUACUAUGCAGUCAAAGGAAGAGGAGAAUGUGGAACUUAGACGGAAUCAAAGUAAACUAGAGGCUGAGGUGUCUAAUCUCCAAAGAGAAAAGGUUCAACUAGAGGCUAAGAUGGAAGUCGUCCAAAGAGAAAGUGAUAGUGCUACCAAGUGCCUGGAUGAUCUGCGAAAUGAUAUGAUGGUGCUGAGCAGCAGCAUGGAUUCCGAUGUUUCUGCUGAUAAGUUUCCUGAGAGGAAGUCUUCAGCCCUAGAAAGAGUAAAACAUGAACUUGAAAUACAUUUAUUAGAGCUGGAAGAUGAAAAUAAGCAGUUGUCAUUACGCCUGUCCCUUAUGGAAGAUCAACUAGAAGAUUUGAAAGAUGAGAGGGAUUCAACUCAAAUGCAACUUGAGGAUUCGAAAUCACUUGCUACAAGUCUCAAGGAUGAGAAUACAAGAUCUAGAAAAGAGAUGGAGGCUCAAAAAACAGAUAUGGAAACGCAUCUGCAGGAUAUGCGCGAUCAGUGGUUAGCUUCUCAAGAUAUGUGUGAAUAUCUGAGAAGAACAAAUGCAAAGUUACAAGCAACUACUGAGACACUCAUCGAAGAAAGCAAUUCACAUAAGAAGUCAGCUGGAGAAUUGAGGAAGGAAAAGUCAAAAUUGGAUCAGCAUUGUGCUUACUUGGCGGCCAAAUUGAGAGAGUCAGAUAAAAACUUGACUGAUUGCAACAAAAAGAUUGAAGUUUUGGAAGAAAAUCUUACUUUGGUGAUUGAAGAUUUUGCAUCAAGAGAGGAAAGCCUGACUUUGGAAUUGGAUGCCAUUCAUGACAAAAGCAAGAAACUUGAGGCGAAACAGAAGCUUGAAGAAAGCUCCUGGAAUCAAAUGUAUUUGAAGAAGACAAAUGAAGUUGCGAAUCUUCAACAAGAGGUGGAAAACCUUUCAAAGCAACUCUCUGAAGUGAAUAAUGAGAAAGAGAAAACAGCUUAUGAUGCUUUACGUGAAAUUUCUAGUUUACAUGCAGGAAAAGUUAGACUGGAGUCAGCUCUCCAAGAAGCCGAAUCGAAAAUGAAACAUACUGAAAAUGAACUCAAGAAAUUACAUACUGAAGCUAAAACAAAAGUGGAAGACCUGUUGGAUGAACUUGCAGCCUCCAGAGAAAACCGGGAAAAACUGAUGGCAGAGCAUGAAAGAGCUCUAAAGUUGUUGGAGAGUUACAAGUCCAGUGAACGGAAACUUAAAACCAUUGUGAAUGGUCUUGAACUAAAGCUAACUGUUUCUGAAUAUGAAAGGCAGAAAGGAUCAGAACAAUCUACCAAUAUGAAAGUUCAGCUGAUGAAACUAGAAAAUCUUCAGGAUGACAUUUUGGCUCUCAGAGAUGAGCGUGAUGCAAUUAAAGCUGACAAAGAGAAACUGGAAGCUUCAUUCUCUUUAGUAUCUGGAGAAUGUGAUGAUUUGAAGGCAGAGAAAAAUUCCUUUUUGGAGCAGAUAUCUACCUUGCAAGAGGUUGUAUCAGAAUUAGAGGACUAUAAACACGAAAAAGUAGCCUUGGAAGAAACACUUGUGCGGAUGGAGGCUGACCUCAUGGCAAAAGAGGCAUUAUUAAUGGAUAAUGCAGAGCUUAAAAAUGAGCUUCACCAGAUCAAGCAAACAAACAGACAAUUCCAGCAGCAAAUAAAACAGCUGCAAGAAGAGAAAGAUGAGCUUCUGAUAAAAGCUCAAACCCUUGAAGAAAAAUUGAAACUGAAAGUGGAAGAGAAACAGAAGCAGCGGCAGUCCAAUUCCCACAGAAACCAACAUAAAAGAGAAGACAAUAAUUACGAUUUCCAUGAUGGAAGCCCUCAAUCUGUUGGAGUUGCUCCUGUCUCUAAGAUUCAGUUCCUUGAAAAUGAACUUGCCAAGGCUAUGGAAGCAAACAACAAGUAUAAAGUUCGUCUAAAUAGGUCAUCAGAGGGUCGGAGAAGUCAAUUAAAUACACCUAGAAAAUCACCCAUUGAAGGUGAAGUUGUAGCAAAAGAAAAGUAUGAACGUACAAAAUCAUCUCUGGAGGCAGAGCUAAGAGACAUACGCGAGCGUUAUCUCCACAUGAGCCUUAAAUAUGCAGAAGUAGAAGCUCAGAGAGAAGAACUUGUCAUGAAACUUAGAGGAGUCAAGAGUAUGAGGAGGUGGUCCUCAAACCCUUCCAAUUAAGCAAUUCUUUUCCAAUUUUAAGCAAUUUCUUUCAUUCCCCCCCGUCCUUACAAAAUGCUCAUAAAAUACUGUGCUAGCUACACUCAAUCUCAUUGAUAUUCGAGAAAGUAUGUUUUCCAUAGACAAAAAACAAAGUUGCUUCUCUGGGUUUGUAACCAAUAAAAUCCCCCAGGCUUUGCCGAUGGCAGCCUGAUUGUAGGCAAGAGUACCAUAUUAAUGCAAUAUUUUUGGUCUAUUCAUGCCAGCAGGCCAGAAUCCUGAAGCACAUUCUCAAGACAGAUUUAGAACUAAAUUCAAUCUCCUUUUCGUUGAAAAAAGAAGUGGAUUUUGUGUGUAAAUAAGGCAUUUAGACAUUUAGUUUGUAAAGAACUCCACAUUAUUUCUUGUAAUAUUUUUAAAAUAUAACAUCUAAUAAAUUUAAUAAAUUUGAAAUUUUAAUCCCAACAUCUAUGGAUAAAAGUAACUUUUGAUUGCUAGUUUACAA